CUCUUUCCUCUUGUGAACAACAAUGAAGAUUUCACUAUUUUUGAGUGUCUUGACAGUUUCAAUAUUGGGAAUAUAUUCAGAAGUUAACAUUCCAGCACCAUGCAAGCGCAUUGAGUGUCCUAUAUAUGACGUCAUCGAAAAUGGAAAAGACUAUCAAAUCCGACGCUACAAUUCAUCUGUUUGGAUUUCUAAUCCUCCCAUUCGACAAUUUUCUAUUGUUACAGCUAAUGCAAUUGGUGUCACGAGAUUAUUUAGAUAUAUUCAAGGUAAUAACGACAACAAACAGAAAAUAGAGAUGGCAGGACCAGUGCUCUCUGAAGUGAUACCUAGUGAUGGCUCCUUUUUUAAAUAUUCAUAUAUUGUAAGCUUUUAUGUGCCUAAAAAGAACCAAGCAAAUCCACCACCUGCAAAGGGUCUUCAAGUUCAAAGAUGGAAAAAUGUGUAUGCAGCAGUUAGACAGUUUAGUGGAUUUGUGAAUGACAAAAAUGUUGCAGAACAAGCUGCGGCAUUGAAGGAUAGUAUCAAUGGUACUAAAUGGCUAUCUGCUAUUGAAAAAAGUCAUAAAGCUUCUAAUUUCUCCGUGGCUCAGUAUAAUUCCCCUAUUGAAUUAUUUAAUAGAGUGAAUGAGAUAUGGUUGUUGUUUGAAUUGUAAAAUUAAUGCUAUGUCAAAUAUAAUAGACAAUAAAAUCAUUAUGAAAUAAUAUGGCUGUUGAAAUAAUAUGGAUUUUGGUAGUCUUUGUUUUGCACCGAUUCUUUACUUUUAUGUUGGUGUUGGAGGUGUGAAGGAUUUGAGGAAGUUUUUUACUUGCGCUGAGGUGAUUCAAUUGUAAACAAAUUGUUCUUGAAAUUGUCACUAAUAAGUGAUGUUAAGAAUGGGAUCUCUCUUUUUCUCAAA